UCCUCAGCGGAAGGAGACCACGGACCUCCUCCAGGACAAUGUGAGACACAGAGUUGAUCCAGUGGGUUAGGUUUACGUAUAUAUAAUAUACAUAAUAUGUAAUAAAGAAUAAACCAGUUAUCGAGCCGUGAUGGACUUCUUUGGGACAUUUCAACGUCUCGUCUCGUAGAUCUAAACCCGAACAUCGUGUUUGAUUCCCGGACAAUAAGCGGCCGUAGCAGCGAUGGGAGCUCCGCGCUGAGGAGCCGAGAGAAGAGAAAGAUGAGGGUCGCGCUGCGGAGCUUGUUGUUGUUUAGCUUCUGUUUCCUCAUACGAGGCGUGCCCCUGCUGCUCUAUGCAAACCGACGGGACCUUCGGCUGGUGGACGCGGCCCACGAGAAGGCCAACUCCACGGUGGUGGUGGGUGGGCUGGAGGACGCCGCCGCCGUGGACUACAUCUACUCUCAGGGUCUCAUCUACUGGAGCGACGUCAGCGAGGAGGCCAUCAAACGCACCGUCUUCAACCGAUCACAGGCCAGCGUCGUCCAGAUUGUGGUCCCAGGUCUGGCCUCCCCAGACGGACUGGCCUGUGAUUGGUUAGGAAGUAAACUCUACUGGACAGACUCGGAGACCAAUCGGAUCGAGGUGGCCGAGCUGGACGGGUCCUUGAGGAAGGUUUUGUUCUGGCAGGAGCUGGACCAGCCGAGGGCCAUCGCUCUGGAUCCAGAACGAGGGUGAGUCUGAGGGACUGGGUUUCAGUCCUGGUUCAGGGGGAAAAGUGGGUC